CCGAGGCGACGGCGGCGUCUCUCGCAACAACACAGCGCGACUUAACCUUUUAUAAAACUACAAAGUAAAGAAUUGUUGUAUUUUAAGUAAAGAAUAGUUGUGUGUGAAGGUGAGAUAUGAUGGCGACAUUGAGGAGAAAACGCGACAUCGAGAACUCCUUGUCGCUGAGUGGUGAUAUGCAGAGGACGUUUUCCUCAUUUUGCGAUUCUGAAUAAAAGACACAGAACUACCGAACGAUGUCAAAGGAAAAAACCCAGCUGUCGCGCAAUGAUUGGAUUGCCCUCCAUUGCUCGCUGUUGGAAGAGGAGAGGAAGGCAGAGGUCAGCGCUGCACAGUCAGAGGUUGAAGGAGCAUCCCUCAAGGUCUUAGAAGCAAGAGGAGUGGUUUUAGGGCAUUUAGUUAUCAGCGAGAGAUCCACUGGCCUCUAUGGACGCCCCAUCAUCACAUUUGUCCCUGCAAGGAAAGAUGCUGUUUUACCCGCAAAUAAUUUUUCUUCAGGUGAUAUUGUUGGUGUAUAUGAGAGUGGAUCAGGCCAGCAGUGUACAACGGGAGUGGUAAAGUAUGUCUCACAGAAAAAUAUCCAGAUUGUUCUUGACGACGAUGCUGAUGAGUUGGACAACCUUAGCGAUGACACGCAGCUGCGGCUGAACAAGCUAGCAAAUGAUGUUACAUACAGAAGGAUAAAAUCAGGACUGAAUGGGCUUGAAAAGUUGAUAAAUGGCCCAGCUGCACACACAGUGUCUGUGCUGUUUGGUGAAUCACCCCCAAGGUCUAUUGCUCCUUCCUUACCACCACAACUUAUGGGAGCUGAGGGCAAAAUACAGCUCUUUAAUAAAAACCUGGACAAUUCGCAGCGGGAGGCAGUUGAGUUUGCCAUUCAGAGGAGUGACCUGGCGGUGGUCCACGGCCCCCCCGGCACAGGGAAAACAACGACCAUCGUGGAGGUCAUUAGGCAGCAUGUCAAACUCAAGUCAAAGGUUCUAGCCUGUGCUCCAUCAAACCUCGCUGUGGAUAACCUGGUAGAGAGACUAGCGGCAGCCAAGGUUCGUGUUGUGCGUGUUGGUCAUCCGGCACGCGCCACUGCACUCACCCAACGCUAUACUCUUGACUGCCUUAUGCACCACAGCGAUGAAUCUCAGUUACUGAAGGACAUUCAUCGUGAUAUUAAUGAGCAACUCAAACAACUGAAGACGGCCAGAGACAGAGGAAAGAGGCAGCACAUCAGGAGGGAAAUCAAGACUUUUAGGAAGGAGUUAUAUGAGAGGGAGAUGAGACUCACGAAGCAGAUCCUGACGAACAGCGAUGUGAUCUUGGCCACCCUCACGAGUAGUAGUAAUGAUGGCCCCCUUAAGCUCCUGAGGGAGGAUUUCUUUGAUGUGGUGGUCAUUGAUGAAUGCUCGCAGGCUAUUGAGGCUGCCUGUUAUAUGUCACUCCUCCGAGCCCCAAAGUUGAUAAUAGCAGGCGAUCACUGCCAGCUUCCUCCUACCAUCGUAUCCAAAGAAGCAGCAGAGAAGGGCUUGGAACUCUCACUUAUGGAGAGAAUUAUAAAUCAGUGUGGGGAUGAAGUUGUCAGGAUGUUAACCAUGCAGUACCGCAUGAAUACUGACAUCAUGCAGUGGGCAUCAACAGCCAUGUACCAAGAUCGCCUAAUUGCCCACUCCUCUGUAGCCUCGCAUCUUCUUCAUCAACUACAGGGAGUGACGACCAAUGAAGACACAGGUACAGUUCACCAGCCUUUUAUAUUUUUUUUGAAAUGUCUUGCAUAUGUUUGCUGUUUUUUUGCAGAUUUACCUUUGUUGCAUGGGAGUGUGUUUAAAAGGGGUUGUUAUCCUGUUUGAAUAUAAGUCUUCUUGCAUUUAUAAGCUAUAUUUUUUUGUUUAUUCUGUUUAUAUUUUAAGAAAAAGGAUCCAAAUUACAGUCUACAAAAAAAUUAUUUAUUUUAAGUUUAUAUAAAUCUAAAAAAUAUAAAUGAUCUACUAUGUUGUCAACACCAUUAUUUACCAGACAGUUUGAUUUUACAUGGGAAAAGUUCUGUAUAUGAUGCUUUUGCUUAACUUUUUCACGUCACAAUUAGAACUGGCCAACAUAACAGUAUAUACACACAAAUAUGGUUGGAGACAUUUCAGUUUUGUAUGUGAGACAACUUAAAAACUUUCCAUCACCAGUAACUAAAACUCGUUCUGAACUUGUCACACACACAAUUCACAGUACAAGUUGGUAACUUCUGAAUAGGUAGGGUUGAGACGGUCAACUGAGUGUGAGGUAUAGUGUGUAGGUGCUAAUGUGGAUGUGACUGUUUUGCGGUGUACUGUACAUAGAAGGACACUGUCUUGAAGUGACUCUGUUGAAAUAGAAUUUUGUUCCCUCUUCUCUUUUCAAGAAUCAAAUACUUGAAUAUCUAUGGUUUAAAAACAAGAAAGUUUGCAAAGUGAAUCUGCAGGACAAAAUAUAUGUAUGUAAGUGUAGAUUGAGGCAUUUCUUUGUACCAGCUAGAUCAUGUUACAUAAAGGUUACCCUGAGUUCA